AUGGAUACAAUCAAAAAUUCACGUAUAUCAGCUCACCAAGUAGAAUGCCUUAGAACUUUUUUAAAGAACAUAGUUAUUCAAAAUCCCGAGAUAUUUUUAGAUACACUUUGCAGUAUCAAUAAAAUAUUAAAAACUUGCUAUCAAAACGCAUCUAUUGCUUCUGACGAGAAUGCACUUUUGUACUGCAGUAUUAUAGCAAAGCAUCAACAAAUCUUGCUGCAAUUUCUUACAAACAAUAAUAAAUUUGUUGUGUACACAGUCCAAAAAUUAUUAAUCCAAUGGAUCUUACUUUUGUCGAAUAAAGAGGAUUUAGAUCAAUUUGAUGUGAUAGAAACUCAAGAAUCCUUAAUAUCCGACCUUCAUAACAUUCACUAUGCAUUUCUUGAAAAUAAUCUGAAUAUUUCUUUUGGCACAGGAAUAGAUGCUGUGCUUGAAAUUUACCAUCACAUUUUGAAGGAUUUUAGGCAUCAGUUAUUGCAAGAUAUAGAUGAAUGUUUUGAAGAAAGAAUUGUUCAUCAUGCUGGUUGGCGUAUCUUGUGCAUGUUAAAUAAAUGCUUCAUUAUAGAAAAUUACAUAGUUAAUAGUCAUAGUACGGCUUUUCAGACAGUUCCUAAUGAAAUUUUGGUGCCAAGUCUCUCCAUAAUCGCUGAUAUAAAAAAAAUUGAACAGACUGCUAAUAUGAUCGACGUCGAAUCUAUCAAUGAAAUAAUAAAUGUUAUUAAGAGUCUUUCAAAAAAAAUUGAUGUAAACAUGGCUCAUAUAUGUAAUCUGUUGAAUCAUGGGUAUCAUCCAGUAAUCCGAAAAGUUUUAAAGAUUUUAUUGUUAGUUGUGGAAUCUAAAAGUAAUGUCGAAUCGAUAGUCGAAGGCCUUUCAAGUGUUCUUAAUUAUGCAAAGAGAAUAAUAUCUAUUCCUGAUAAGAUUCGACUCGAAGAUCUGUUAAACCCUGAUGAUGACGAUC